CACAGACACCUCCAAAUUCCCAAGUUACUUAAAUGUCUCACUCUGAGCUGCUUUUUUGAUACGAAGGAAAACAAAGGCCGAUAACGUUGGAAUUUGUUUGGGAGACGAUUGACAUUGGGACACGUUUUUAUUAAAUGCAGCCAUCUACGGCAGCUGGACAACGACAUACAUCAGUACGGGGCAAUUUAGAUGAUCCAUCAGCAUUCCUCAUGAUACAUCAUCAUUAAGUCUACUUUCAUAUUUGCGAAGGAUGGCUAGUUGUGGGGAGAUAGAUCACUCUGUUAGCUCACUUCCCCCAAGUAAGAAAGGGAGCAGCAACAGCGGUGCUGCCGGAAGUGGGAACAGUGCCGAAUCAUCUAGUUCCAGCAACACAUCGCCGGCCCUGUCUGUACCAGAGUGCGCCAUCUGUCUGCAGAGCUGCGUCCACCCCGUGCAACUGCCAUGCCACCACGUUUUCUGUUUCCUCUGUGUAAAAGGAGCAUCCUGGCAAAGCAAGCGCUGUGCUCUUUGCAGACAGGAAGUGCCAGAUGACUUCCUGGAAAGGCCCACACUUCUCUCUCCGGAGGAGCUCAAAGCAUCAGCAGGGGGUCGUGGUGGGGCAUCGAGCGAUCAUGCCUGGUAUUACGAGGGCCGCAAUGGUUGGUGGCAGUAUGAUGUGCGAACCAGUCGAGAGCUGGAAGACGCUUUCUCGAAGGGCAAGAAGACGGCAGAGAUGCUCAUUGCCGGGUUUUUGUAUGUAGCUGACUUGGAGAACAUGGUACAGUACAGGCGCAAUGAACAUGGACGUAGACGCAAGAUGAAGCGAGACAUUUUGGAUAUUCCCAAGAAGGGAGUAGCUGGACUGCGUUUGGACACUGAGGGCGUCACCGGGGCAAUCGCGGCUGCAGGUAGGGAAAACUCUGCUGAUGGAGCUGAUACCACAGCAGCAGGCGUACAGCAGCAGGUCACUGGCAUCCCACCCCCUGCUGCAGCACCUCCACCCUCUUCAAGACCACCUACUUCCUUGGGUGGUCAGCCUGACAACAGCAGCCCCUCUCUGGAGGACGCCCUUUCACAACUACAAAUCAGCAACAGAGCCACUCCAUCUUAUGAACGAUCUAGCGAAGGAGUGGAAGAAGAUGAGGAGGAAGAAGAGGCUUCACCCUCCAGGUCUUCUGAUCCUCACACCUCAGUGGAUGAAUCUGGCUCUGGAGACUGGAGUGACGAUGAGGAAGAGGAUAACGACGACGGGGGGGGAGGUGGAAAUGAAGAACACGUGGAGCCAUGGGAGGAUCGGCCUCGGCGACAAAGACUGAACCCAGAGGACCGAGCUCUCCCUGGUGCGGAGUCCACCUCUCCCCCUUCGUCAUCUAGAAGUGGAAGGUCCAGAAUGCCCGAUGGUCAGUGUACAGUAACAGAAGUGUGAAGUUAUCAGUGUGAUUGUUCCUUAAUCAAUAACUGCCGUGUCCCGUUCCAUUAAUUUAUUAUAUACUUUGUACACACAUUCACUGUCACAGCGCAAACUUUUGUUUUUGAGCAGCUCUGACUGACUGACUGCUGCCUGUAAAGAGUCAUUUGAUCAGUCAAAUUCUAAGCUUAAACACCAUCGGAUAUGUAAUAAAGACCUGUGAUAUGUGAGUGAAGAGCAAGAAUGGCUCGUUCACUUCCAUAAAUGGAA